UGCAAUGACGUUCCAGACAGCGUUGAUAUCGUCCCACGGCCAGGUAAUGGUGGCACUCUUGAUAGGCGUCUUCCUGGUCAUGGCUAGCCGGACCCACUACAAUCAGAUGGUGGUAAGUGCCACCGGUGCUCGUCACACAUAUUCCGCGAUGAACGUCAUCUACCAAGUGGCGUACUUGGUCGUUCAGCUACCGACAGGCAUGUUCGCGGACCGCUUGAACUCGGUGACCAUGUUGGCUAUCAUCGUCGCCGGGCUGGCUAUCACGUUAGCCGCCUCACCAUUCGCGCUGAUCGGCCUCUCGACAUGGUCGUGGACACCAUUUUUGUCUGCCAUCCCCGCCCUGGUGACCGGCGCUCUUUACGCCGUCAACGGUGCUCUGGCCGGUUCCUGGUGGCCGUUCAUGAACGUCAUGCUGUCUAACUGGGCACCGCCUGAAAAACUGGCGUACAUGUACUCCACCAUCAAUACAGGUAUACCCGGUGGCAUCGUGGUCGGAAACAUGUUUACCGGUUUCUUCUAUGCGGUGCAAGGUACCGAUUUCGGUUACAGCUUUUUCGUCAUAUCCGUUAGUAUAUUUUUAUGUACAUUAUGUCUGCCAACCAAAGCAGUACUUGAAGGGAUAAUAUCCAUCAUAAAAAUAUAUAUUAUUCAUAAAAAUAAUGAUAUUCGAGCUAAGCAAUUAACGCCCAAGUGUUUUAAGUUCUCCACCUCCCACCCACCACAAAAAAAUCUUUUUUUUUGAUACAAUGUUUACAUUAAUUAUUGAUUAUAUUAUGUAUUAUAUCGUAAUGCAGUUAAAAAUACUUCUGAAAUUUAUUUCGAACGGGGGUUGAAUAAAUUGUCCCAAUAGUAUAUAUACAAGUUUAUUAAAAAAUUUAUUUUAAUUAGAUACUUUUAUUUGUUUAACUGUUCGGGACCGAAGUUAGUCUGAUAUAAAUACUAAAAUAAUAUCUAUUAAUACUCGCUAUGACACCGCGGCGUAAAUCUCGGCUAUCUACGGUAAUAUUGUCGUGAUAUUUAUAUGAUCGGACUCUGUUUCAACAUAGGCAAUAUGCAUGACGUGGAGCAUUGUCUGGUCUGUGAUGUUCCACCAUUAUCCGUCCGACGACCCGGGUGUCCGGCCAUCCGAACUCGAACGCUUGACCACCAGCGUCCACCCGAAAGCAAAACUUCCGGUGCCGUGGGCGGAAAUCGUCACUUCGUUGCCCGUGUGGACGGUGAUGUUGGCCAAUUUUGGUUCGACUGUGCUCUAUGUGGUCCUCAUAAUGUACAUGCCUGUGUAUCUUAAGUACACAAUGAAAGUGGAUAUCUCGCAAAACGGUUUCAUGUCCAUGAUGCCGCCGCUCGGCCAAAUGGCCGUUAUGUACGUAGCCGGGAGGUGGGCAUCAUUAAUCCAGGCCAAAGAUUGGAUGGACGUCUCAGCCAUCAGAAAAGUAAAACUAAAAUCCACUGUCGACUACGACAUAAUUGAGAAUAAAACACCUUUUGUUUUUAGUUGUAUCGGUAUGGCGGUGCCAGCAAUCCUACUUUUGGUCGCUACGGCUAUACCGAAUAGUUACAUCUUCUACAGUAUUUUAGUAGCAUCUUAUUCCUUGUCUGGUGCGGUGUUUUCCGGUUUCCGGGUCAGUCAGAUGGAAAUGGCUCCAAACUUCGUGGCUGUGAUCACAGCCCUUGGUGAUAUUUUUGGCAGCCUAGCAAUGAACCUUACUCACAUAGCGUUCAUUGUGACCAUUGGGGAUUCUUCCAAUCAAAGGGUAUGGAACGAAAUAUGUUGGUGUCUGAGCUUAAUACUCAUUGCGAGUCUUGUCCCGUUCAUCUUGUUCGGGAGUAGCAAAAUACAAUCGUGGAAUACACCCAAAAAAUCAGAAACAAAUGAAUCAAUUGCAAUAUAAUGCCACGUGUAGGAAUAAUAAUGAUAUAUCGUCAAUUACGGGCGUGGCCUGUUUAAAACUGUAAUUAAUUAAUUAAUUAAUAAUUUGUAUAUCAAUAAAGCUCAUCCGAUAA